AUGGAUGCCUUCGAAUACAACGCCAACCCCGGCCGUGUCAUCUUUGGCAGCGGCACUCUCCAGAAACUGCCCGAUGAGAUCGCACGACUGAACGUCCAGGCGCCGCUGGUACUCUCGACACCACAGCAGGUUGGACAGGCCGAGAGCGUCCAGGCCGUCCUGAAGGGCCAAGUAGCCGGCAUCUUCAGCGAGGCGACCAUGCACACGCCGACGCACAUCACAGACAAAGCGCUGGAGUAUGCCCAGGCCCAGGGCGCGGACGCGGUCAUUUCCGUCGGCGGAGGCAGCACUAUUGGCCUGGGAAAGGCCAUCAGCAUCCGCUCUGGGCUACCGCAUAUCUGCAUCCCGACUACAUAUGCAGGAAGUGAAAUGACGCCGAUCUUGGGCGAAACGGCCGACGGGCUGAAGAAGACCCGCUCGGAUCCUAAGAUCCUGCCUGGCACGGUGAUCUACGAUGUCGAUUUGACCAUGACGCUGCCGACGGCGAUGAGCGCGACGAGCGGUGUUAAUGCCAUUGCUCAUGCCGUCGAGGCACUGUACGCCCGCAACACAAACCCCGUCAUCAACCUGAUGGCCAUCGAGGGCACUCGGUCCCUGGCAUCUGCUUUGCCGGAGAUCGUAGAGAACCCUGGAUCGCAAUCUGCCCGGUCCCUCGCACUGUACGGUGCUUGGCUCUGUGGAACCUGCCUCGGCAGCGUGGGGAUGUCCAUCCACCAUAAACUAUGCCAUACCCUGGGAGGAAGCUUCAACUUGCCUCAUGCAGAAACCCAUACGGCUGUCCUCCCGCAUGCCAUAUCCUACAAUGCUCCUAAGAUCCCGGAGGCCCUGAAGAAGCUGGCCGAGGCUCUUCCCGACAGCAACGGGGAUGCCAUUCACGGUCUCAACGUCCUCCUGACGAAACUGAAGGUCAAGAGGGGUCUUCACGACUUUGGAAUGAAGGAAGAAGACGUCGAUAAGGCAGCCGAUAUUGCUGUGGGCAAUCCAUACUGGAACCCGCGAGCGAUUGAGCGCACUCCAAUCCGGGAAUUGAUUCGGCGUGUUUGGGCGGGCGAACCGGCGCGAGCAGAUCUGUGA